AUGAAACCGCCGAGUUUCGAGGAAUAUUGUAAAAGAUCGAAUACGUCGAUCGCCUGCACGUCAAAGGCAUGCACGAUAAUACCACCAAAUCUGGGCAUCAAAAGGCCGAAAUUCAGAUUGCUGAAUCAGUUGGAAACGGCCACGGUAUUGGACAUACAUAACGUCUACCGGAGCGAACUUGCAUUUGGAUACCAUCUGAAGUCAUACUACAUCCCAUCUAUUGCGAAUAUGAACGUGCUUAGCUAUGAUAAGGAGGCCGAGUUUCUGGCCAUAUGCUCGUUAUACAACACAGAGUCGAAAGAGCCACUGAACGGCGUGCAGGAAGGUAGAGCAGAUAUGUAUGGAAAGAACGUGUUCACUUCUAAAAUCAAUUCGCUGGAUCAUCAUUGGCGAAGCAGAUUAUUGAGGAAGGCCACGGGGUUCUGGUUUCAACAAGUCAAAUACUUGAAUGAGAAACAGGUGCAGGUGGCGAUCGAUCAUUACGAGAAGGACAAGAUCGUUAUGCAGGAAAACAAGAAAGCGAAUGUCGAGUGUUUUACCCAGCUGUCAUGGGCUGACACGAAGUUCGUGGGUUGCGCUAUUACGUACACAGGAAUGGGUCCCACGUGGGCCGCGGUUCUGGUAUGCGUGUAUUACCCUUCGGGUAACGUCGAAGGUGGUAGUAUGUUACGAGCCGGUUCGCCGGGACGCGGUUGUAAGAAGAAAAAUUCCAUCUUCAAGAGCCUCUGUGGAUACAUCAGAUUCUCCAAACAUGAUAAAUUCGUGUCUCCGUUGCAGGAAAUGUUUCCUCGAGCCAAGGACAAAUGUCGUAGACAUCUGAUGGAUAAUUCUAUUUUAUACUUACUGUUGACUGUCAUCUAUUUGUCAAUGAAAUAA